UCACACUUCUUCUAGUCCUCGUAGUCGCUUUCUUAAUAUAGGCACAUAAAACCGAGGAAAAACGUUUCUGAUUUGAUUUUAUUUGCACACAAAAACAUGAUUCCAUUUCCAUGGCUGCCCAUCCAUUGAUCCAAUUGCAGAUUUUCUAAUCGAUCCAGCUCUUGUCUCCUCCCCAGCUCUCCUUCGUAUCAUCCGCUCUGCCUGUGGUACGUGCGGAUCGGUCGGGGCGGGGGUCCCAUGGCUCACAUGGAGGCGCAGAGCUCCUCACGCCGGGCUUGCCGCUAGCUAGCAAGUUUUGAGUGACGCGCCUCUGGUUUUGCCGCCAAGCCGAGGCAAUGGACUCGGCCAGGGCGGCGCAGGCGGCCACGCGGCGCAAGAAGAUGACCAAGCAGCUCACCGGGAAGCGGGACGACACGGCGCUGCACGGGGCGGCGCGCGCCGGGCUGCUCGUCGCCGUGCAGGAGACGCUGUCCGGCGCGUCGCCAGAGGAGCUGCGCGCGCUGCUGUCCAAGCAGAACACGGCCGGGGAGACGCCGCUGUUCGUCGCCGCCGAGUACGGCUACGUGGCCCUGGUGAACGAGAUGGUCAAGUACCACGACGUCGCCACCGCCGGCAUCAAGGCCCGCAGCGGCUACGACGCCCUCCACAUUGCCGCCAAGCAAGGGGAUGUAGAGGUGGUGAAGGAACUGCUGCAGGCGCUGCCGGAGCUGGCCAUGACGGUGGACGCGUCGAACACGACGGCUCUCAACACCGCGGCGACGCAGGGGCACAUGGAGGUGGUGCGGCUGCUGCUGGAGGUGGACGGGACCCUGGCGCUGAUCGCGCGGAGCAACGGCAAGACGGCGCUGCACUCGGCGGCGAGGAACGGCCACGUGCAGGUGGUGCGCGCGCUGCUGGAGGCGGAGCCCAGCAUCGCGCUCCGGGUGGACAAGAAGGGGCAGACGGCGCUGCACAUGGCCGCCAAGGGCACCAACCUCGACCUCGUAGACGCGCUCCUCGCCGCCGACCCUUCGCUGCUCAACCUCCCGGACAACAAGGGCAACACCGCGCUGCACAUCGCCUCCCGCAAGGCGCGGCACCAGAUCAUUAAGCGUCUGCUCGAGCUGCCGGACACGAACCUCAAGGCGAUCAACCGGGCCGCCGAGACGCCGCUGGACACGGCGGAGAAGAUGGGCAACGGCGAGGUGGCCGGCGUGCUGACGGAGCACGGCGUGCAGUCGGCCCGCGCCCUGAGCCCCACGAGCGGCGGCAACCCGGCGCGCGAGCUGAAGCAGCAGGUGAGCGACAUCAAGCACGAGGUGCACUCGCAGCUGGAGCAGACGCGGCAGACGCGCGUGCGGAUGCAGGGAAUCCAGAAGCGCAUCAACAAGCUCCACGAGGAAGGGCUGAAUAACGCCAUCAACUCCACCACGGUGGUGGCCGUGCUGAUCGCCACGGUGGCGUUCGCGGCCAUCUUCACGGUGCCCGGCGAGUACGUGGACGCGGACAACCUGGGGCCGGGGCAGGAGCUGGGCGAGGCCAACAUCGCCCAUCAGACCCCCUUCAUCAUCUUCUUCGUGUUCGACUCGGUGGCGCUCUUCAUCUCGCUGGCGGUGGUGGUGGUGCAGACGUCGGUGGUGGUGAUCGAGCGGAAGGCCAAGAAGCAGAUGAUGGCGGUGAUCAACAAGCUCAUGUGGGUGGCGUGCGUGCUCAUCAGCGUCGCCUUCCUGGCGCUGUCGUUCGUCGUCGUAGGGCGCACGGAGCAGUGGCUGGCCGUCGCGGUCACCAUCAUGGGCGCCACCAUCCUGGUCACCACCAUCGGCACCAUGCUCUACUGGGUCAUCGCGCACCGGCUCGAGGCCAAGCGCAUGCGCAACAUCAAGCGCUCGUCGAUGAGCCGCUCGCGCUCACACUCGGGGUCUGGACUGUCCGAGCACGAGUGGGUCGACGAGGAGUUCAAGAAGAUGUACGCCAUCUGAUCAUGAUGAUCCCCACGCCCUAGCGCAACAUUGAUUACACUACCUGAUUUACCACGUACGAUGACCCGAGGAGUAGCGAUGAUCGUAGCCGGGCUGACAUUUUUAUCCGGUAGCUCAGAAGAUUGUGCAUUACUAGUGAUCAUUUAAGCUGUUCACCGUUUGCUGAAUGUUGAUUAGAACGGGGAACAGGAAGAAGUACAGUAGCAAGGAUGUCGCCAGUGCAUUUUUUAUUUUACUUCUUGUGUAGAACAAUAUAUGACGAUAGGAAAACUAAAUAAAUAAAAACAGAAAUCAAUGUUUCAUUA